AUGUGGAUGCUGUUCUGGAAUGGUUACUGGUCUAGUCCAGUUAUAAGUUUGUUGGAUGCUAUUACAGGAAUGGACAGUCAGGUUGUGGCUUGUGACUUGGGCUCAAAGCGUUGGAAAAUGUAUAUGAUUUGGUCACGUUGUCAUGCUGGGGACCGUUACUGGCUGUGUUGCGGACGUCACGAACAUGCAGGGGAUAGAAAUACAAAAUUCUAUCACGCCCUAACUAAGCAGAGACGAAUACAAAAUAAAAUUGUGGGUUUGCACAAUAGUGGUGGUAAUUGGGUAACAUCAGAAUCUGAGGUAGAAGGUGUUGCGAUAGAUUACUUUAAUGACUUGUUCACAACGACAUCACCUUCGGGCUAUGAAGAUUUUCUAAGUGAGGUGCCUACUUUGAUUACAGAGGAUCAAAACAGGUCUUUGACCUCUUGGGCAUCAGAGGAGGAAGUGAAAUCAGCUUUAUUCAUGAUGCAUCCUGAAAAAACUCCAGGACCGGAUGGAAUGACGGCUUUAUUUUUCCAACAAUCCUGGUCGAUUAUUAGAUCAGAUAUCACAAAUAUGGUUAACGAAUUUUUUAGGACUGGAUAUUUGGAGGAGAGGAUGAAUAUGACCAAUAUUUGCCUCAUCCCAAAGACAGUGCGACCAAGUAGAAUGACGGAAUUGAGGCCAAUUAGUUUAUGUAAUGUGGGUUAUAAGAUUAUUUCGAAGGUGCUUUGCCAACGGCUGAAGAGGCUACUACCACAAUUGGUAUCAGAAACACAAUCCGCUUUUGUUUCUGGGAGACUGAUCUCCGAUAAUAUAUUAAUUGCUCAGGAGAUGUUUCAUGGAUUAAGAACGAAUAAUUCAUGUAAGGAGAAAUUUUUGGCUAUAAAAACAGAUAUGAGCAAAGCAUAUGAUAGGCUUGAAUGGCCUUUUAUUGAGGCGAUGCUAUUAAAGUUGGGUUUCGCACAAAGGUGGGUAUCUCGGAUAAUGUCUUGUAUUACGUCGGUAAAAUAUAAAAUUGUGAUUAAUGGUCAACCAAAAGGACAUAUUAUACCAAACCGAAGACUUCGUCAAGGUGAUCCGUUAUCACCUUAUUUGUUUAUUUUGUGUACUGAGGCAUUAAUAGCAAAUAUACGGAAAAAGGAAGAAAAUAAAUUAUUGACGGGGUUAAAAAUCGCGCGUGGUAGUCCGGCAAUCACACACUUAUUAUUUGCGGAUGAUAGUCUCUUUUUUUGCAAAGCUAAUAGGCAAGAAUGUGAGACUAUCAUACAGAUUUUGAAAGACUAUGAGAGAGCAUCGGGGCAACAAAUUAACUUUCAGAAGUCUUCCAUUCAGUUUGGUCAUAAGGUACCGGAUGUAGCACGUUUAGAGGUGCAACAGGUUUUGGGCAUUACUACAAUUGGUGGUAUGGGAACAUACUUGGGGAUUCCCGAAAGUCUUGGUGGCUCUAAAACACAAGUAUUUGGUUAUCUUAAUGAAAGGGUCAAUAAUAAGGUUAAUAAUUGGACUAUUCGAUUCAUUACGAAAGGAGGAAAGGAAGUUUUAAUUAAAGCAGUAGCAUCCCCUAUGCCAACUCAUGUUAUGUCCUGCUUUCGGUUACCAAAAACGGUUACGAAAAAAAUUACCAGCACGGUUGCUCAUUUUUGGUGGGGUGGUAGUGGUAAUAAAAAAGGUAUGCAUUGGUUUGCAUGGGAUAAAAUGUGCAAAGAUAAACCGGACGGUGGUAUUGGUUUUAGAGAUAUUCAAAAUUUUAAUACGGCAUUAUUAGCAAAACAACUAUGGAGGUUAAUCGAUAAACCUGAUUCUCUUUUUGCAAGAGUUUUUAAAGGAAGAUACUAUAGAAAAUCUGAUCCUUUGGAUCCAAUCAGAUCAUAUUCUCCCUCAUAUGGGUGGAGAAGUAUUACAUCAGCUAGAUCUCUGGUUAAUAAAGGGCUAAUCAAAAGAGUGGGAACUGGUUCAAGCAUUUCAGUCUGGAAUGAUCCUUGGAUCCCUGCUCCUCGCCCGAGGUCAGCAAUACCAAAAUGUUCGAAUCAAUAUUUGAAUCCAUUACUUAAGGUGGAGGAUUUAAUUAAUCCAGUCGAUCUCUCUUGGAAUCUGGAUUUGCUCAAAGUAUAUAUUCACCAGGACGAUGUGGAUAUUAUACGGAGUUUAGCUAUUAGUCGUAACCCAAAACCAGAUUCAUAUGGAUGGCAUUUUACGGACCAUGGUCGAUAUACGGUUAAAUCAGGUUAUCGUACGGAUAAAUUAUUUCCGGAUAUGGGAUCUCAUGAUAGAGUUUUGGGACCAGAUAUUAAGCCACUGUUGGCUCACUCUUGGAAGCUUCAAUGUUCAUCAAAGCUGAAACAUUUUGUUUGGCAGAUACUUUCGGGUAGUCUACCGGUAACCAAGAAUCUUCAUUCACGAGGGAUAAAAUGUGAUGUGAAAUGUCAAAUAUGUGGUGCAGAGGAAGAAUCUAUUAAUCAUGUUCUGUUUGAGUGUCCAUUAGCACUACAAACGUGGGUUUUAUCUAAUAUUCCUUCAUGCCCAGGUGUCUUUCCCACCCCGUCACUUUUCACAAAUAUGGACUAUCUUUUCUGGCGGUUACCUAAGGAACCAGAUUUGAAUUAUUUUCCAUGGAUAUUGUGGUAUAUUUGGAAGAAUAGAAACGCUAAAGUUUUUAAGAAUCAGAUAAAAACCCCUUUUGAUAUUCUUCGAAUGGCGAAAAUAGAAGGUGUUUUGUGGGCUGAAGCCCAGACAAAGGAACCUAUAAACCGUGAAUCUCUACAUAUUGCAGAGACCCAUUUUCCACAUGGAGUUAACAAGUGUUAUAUAGAUGGAGCAUGGAAGGAACAUGAUCUUUAUACAGGGCAGGGAUGGGUCUACAGAAAAGAUGGAUCAAAUGAUACUAUGAUGGGUGCAAUGUCUAUUCGCAGGAGUCUAUCACCUUUACAUGCUGAAUGUGAAGCGUUGAUAUGGGCGAUGGAGUGCAUGAAGACCCUACAAAUCUCAGAGGUGGUGUUUGCAACAGACUGUUCUCAAUUGGUGAAGAUGGUGUCUACACCAACAGAAUGGCCGGCGUUCACUACACACAUGGAGGAGUUUCUGCGAUGUAAGGAAUUCUUUCUCAACUUUACUAUCCAGCAUAUACCAAGGGCGCAAAAUACUCUGGCGGACAAGCUGGCACGAGGUGCUAGAACUUCGCCAUCUGCUAUGGUUUAUGUUGACUCAGUUCCUCCGAGGUGCCUCUCGGAUCAGGAAUCUUCUUAGU